AUGACGCCGGGGGAACCCCCGACCUCCCGCGGGUCGCCUCGGGGAGCGAGCCCGCGGUCCGCGGCGAGCCCGCGCUCGCCGCAGCUGGGGGGGCGCAAAGUCACGGCGCCGCCGUACUGGCAGUGGCUCUUCAACCGCGACCCGCAGUUGGCUCCGAGGAGUCCAAUGGCCUCCACGCAGCACUUCCCCCCACAGCCGCGGCCCAUGACGCGGUCCAACUCGGCGCCCCUGGAGCUGAGCUAUGGCCAUAGCAGCCCCACCGGGGUGGGGUCGGUGCUGCUGGCGCCUUUGUCGGACGCCGCCUCCUUCCUGGCGAAGGCGGCGCAGCUCAGCUUGCACACGGACCCCGCGAAGACCAUGUCCUGCUGCAACCAGGCAGUGGCUCUGGGCCCGGACUGCACACAGGCGUGGAGAUACCGAGCCUUGGCGAGGCUGCAAGCGGGCGACGCCGGGGCGGCGGUGGAGGAUCUCACGCGGGCGCUGGAGGUGGCUCCCAGCACCAACCUAUGGGAGCAGCGGGCAUCGGCGCGGUACAGCGCCAGGGACUUUGCGGGGGCUGCGGAGGACGCCACCAAGGCCAUCGAGGAGGGCGCCGGCUUCCGCGCGGAGAUCUGGCGGCGCCGGGGCCUCUGCCGGCUGAUGAUGCAGCACUACGAGGCCGCCCUGGCCGACUACGACAUGGCGCUGAAGCUGGACCCGUGCCACGGCCUCAGCUGGCGCAACCGGGGCGCCGCCAAGCUGGCGCUGGGGGACAAGCGGGGCGCGGAGCUGGAUACCAGCGAGGCGAUUCGCCUCCACCCCAUUGCGGACAACUUCCUGCAGCGCGGGAAGAUUCGGCUGGAGUGCACGAAGUACGAGGAGGCCAUCCGCGACUGCACUGAAGCCUUGCGCAUGGAAAGCAAGGCGGAUGCCUUCUGCGUGCGGGCGGUGGCCAAGAAGCACUGCCAGGACCUCCGAGGGGCGGUGGCGGAUCUGGAUGAGGCCAUCCGGUGCCGCGACUUCCACGUCAAGGCUCGCGAGCUGCGGGCGGAGACGAAGCUGGGUUUGGGGAUGCUGGAGGAGACCAUCCUGGACUGUGAUCAGGCCAUACCGUACAUGCCGGAUCCUAGCGUGCUGCUGUGCUGCAGAGGCAACGCUUACUUCAGGAAAGGCAACUACCAAAGUGCCGCCGAAGACUUCAAGACGGUCCUACAGUAUGACCCAAGCAGCCAAUUGGCCGCCAAGAUGCUGGACAAGUCGACUCAGUCACUGAAGCAUUUGGCGAGUUGGGAUUUGAAGAUGCUCAGAGAUCGGUCGGCCUUCGACGAUGUCGUGAUCACGGCAGACUUGGUGAAACGAUCUACCUGA